GUAAGGGCCUCUUCAACAGAAUCAUUAUGGAGAGCAGCACACCGCUAUCGCUGUUUCUCACCAUGAGUUUUAACGUGGUUGGUCAAUUUGUCAACGCUGCCAAUGCGCACGGUUGCAUUGAUAACUCGAAAGACUGGAGAGAGGAGACUACUACCAUUGUCAACUGCCUCAAGAAGGUCGAGGCUGACGUCAUCAUCGCCAAACUGAAGGAGGAGACCACCUUCAAGCAAAUGUUCCCGAUGGUCUACGGCGACCAGUUUUUUCCCAACGACCCCUUGGAUCCUGAAACGUACGCGGACCUGCACGUAAAAGAGAUCCUGCUCGGAACGACGACGGACGAAGGCACAGUAUUCCUCAACAAUAUACGGAAUGUUGCGCCUCAGUUUGAAGACUACAUCUCGGGUAACUACCGCCUUGCCAUGACACUGGCACUGAAGACCAUGUUCAACAUUCCGCUAUCUCACGCUCGAGAUAUUACGAUUGCCUACUUUGGCGACCAGAGCGUGGAGCACAACAAAAAAUCCGUCAUCGAUAUCUUCUGUGAACUCUUCGCUGACGCCACAAUUUACUGCCCAACACUCAUGUUCGCGGACGUGGCAACCCAGCGAGGGGUGAAGGCAUAUCGCUACCUAUUCGCCCACAGAGCUUCGGACAGCUACUGGCCCGAAUGGAUGGGCGUCACGCACGCAGACGACUUGCCUUACACAAUGGGCGCUUUACUACUACCCAAGGACGAGAACCUGUUUACUCCUUCGGUGGGGCAAGAACUUCGUGACCUGGUUCUCAAAAACACUCAUACUCCUGCCGAAGAAGAGUUCGUGAAGCAGAUAAUCGCAAGUUGGACGGCGUUUGCCAAACACGGAACGCCUACAAUGGUGACGCCUGGAGACAAGUGGCCGGCGCACACGACAAGCAAUUCGCUACUUGUAACCCUCAAGCCGAGCAGCUUCAACGUGACAGCGGAGCAGCAUAGGUCACGUUGUAACCUCUGGAAGCCACUGCUGUUGCGCAAGUCCUCAUCGCAUAGUUCAUCACACCCAGCAUCCCAGAAAACCACUACCGGAAAACCCAGUGGCAAAACGCCAAAGCCGAAGUUCUACCCCGACAAGCUGAACUCGGUCAUCAAGAAACGACCAUCAUCGAGUACCAUUAAUGUUCCAUCAAGUCUCAUUACUGUUGUCCUCGCCUUUCUUACGAUUUACCGGUGGUGAUAAAGAGGAGUUCCGCGAACGUCU